AUGGUUAACUUCCUCAAGCGGAUGCGGAAGCUGAAGACAAUGCUCGAGGUUCGAGUCGGCACCGGCGCUGCCCUCUUCCCCAGCCUAGCAAACGCCACAAAAGAAUUCCCAGCGGUCACCCGCCUCCACCUCACAUACGCCCGUAAGAUCUACGGCGGUCACCAUGGCGCGCGACUCUUCUGGCGCCAAUGUCUUCCGCGGCUGAAGUACCACAACCCGGGCGUUCCAAUGACUGUCCAACAAACCGACGAGCAAGAAGGACCGGCUGCAUUGACAAUUUACUUCAACGAGCGAUUGAGCAGCACCGCGACUGGAAUUGCGGGCAAGCAGAUUACUGAUAAGCACGCGCCGAAGCCGGAGGCGGGCGAGAAGUCUAUUGUUGUGGAUUUGAAGAACCUGGACCCGAAGGAGAUUUGGACUCGGGUACAGGCUUCGACGGGAGCGGAGGAUGUUCCUGCUUCUGAGGCGGAUGUGGCUGAGGCGAAGAGGUUGGCGGCUAUUACUGAGAAGGCUGUUGGGGAUCGGAAACGUAUUCAGGCGAUGCGACAGGCCAAGAAGGACCAGGAGCGUAUGCUUGCUGAGGCGAGAGGUGAGGUUGAGAAGCUGAAGCAGACGUAA